UUGUUUUGCACUCCUUGUGCUGUCACCCCUACCCGGGAGUUGUUUGUCUCUGAAGGAGCACGAUAGUUUGACUCGAAGCUAAAAUGGCACCCAAGAAGGACCCUAAGGCUCCCAUCAAGAAGGCCGAACCAGCAGCAGCACCUGCACCUUCACCUGCAGCUGCACCUGCGCCUGCUCCUAAAACCCCGGCUGUGGACCUGUCUGCUGUCAAGAUUGAAUUCAGUGCAGACCAAAUGGAAGACUACAAGGAGGCCUUCGGUCUGUUCGACAGGGUGGGUGACAACAAGGUGGCCUACAACCAGAUCGCUGACAUUAUGCGUGCUCUGGGACAGAACCCCACCAACAAGGAUGUGAACAAAAUGUUGGGAACCCCCUCCGCUGAGGACAUGGCCAACAAGAGAGUCACGUUUGAGGCUUUCCUGCCCAUGCUUCAGACCGUCAUCAACAGCCCAAACAAGGCCGGCUACGAGGACUACGUUGAGGGUCUGCGCGUGUUCGACAAGGAGGGUAACGGCACAGUGAUGGGCGCUGAGCUGCGUAUUGUCCUGUCAACACUGGGAGAGAAGAUGAAUGAGGCUGAGAUCGACGCUCUCAUGGCGGGUCAGGAAGAUGAAAACGGCUGUAUCAACUACGAGGCCUUUGUCAAGCACAUCAUGUCGGUGUAAGGACCCCCCCACCCAUCGAGUAUGUGCAGACCCCAUGGUGUCGAGACAUUCACUCGCUGCUUCCUGAACCAUCUGAGGAAGCAGGGCAAACAAAGGACUAUGAGAUGUUAUUUCUAAAUCCUUUUAUUGUUUUGUUCCACACUUUUUUUUCCUUGUCUCCAACUGGUGCUCUUUAGGCUUCUUUGGUUCUGGACAUGUUCCUAAAUUUCGAUCUCCCAAAAUCCUUCCGACUGAUAGGGAGUGGAGCUAGUUUUCACAGUGAAGGAGGGGGCGGUGCUAGAAGGAGGACCCUCCCCUCCUGUCACUCAUUGGCCAGCAGUCUGUGUGACUACUUUGGCCCAGGACUGGCCACAGAGGUCGAUCCCCUCCUCAUCAAACCCAUCCCUGAGUCUUAACUUAUUGUACUCUCCUCUGCCAUUUCACAAUAAACUUUUCACAA